AUGUCAGCCAUGCCCAGAUUCGGUGCCUUUGUUCCCCUCCUCCUCUUCAUCUUCCCUGGGACAUCCCCCCGGUGUCACACGGGCACCGCCAAUGAAUGCAAGCAGCACACGGCUGACGUGCCAGGGCACAGCCUGCUUGGCAUAGGUAUCGAUGUGACCACGAUGGCCAGAAAGGAGAUCAGCCUAGUGAACAGCAACCUCUGGCAGCGCUCGGACGGAACCUGCACCCUGUGCCAGAACCCGCUGCAGGGCGGGCAGUUGCAGAGGCUGCCGCUGGCUGUGAUGGCCUGGCAAUCCCAUGACUUGUGCUGCAAGAAACUCAGCAGCUCGGUGCAGCCGUCGGCGAUGGGCAUGCUGCAGUCGGCGGCGUCCGUGGUGGAGAACGACUGGACAGCAGACCUGGACAUGCCUGCAAAGCCCAACGGUAACGUCCAAAUGGCGCUGGCCGGAUCGCACUCCAAACUGGCGAAAUUCCUGGAGAAACAUGCGCGGAUGGACAAAUACAACUUCCUGAGCCACCAGGUCUCCUGCGGCUACUACCAGUUAUGGGUAAAUGGGACCCCUCACCUCACCUCUCAUUUCGCUGAGGCGCUGAAGAACCUCCCGGAGCAGUACGACAGCAAAUCCAAGGUGGAGUACCAGCAACUCAUCAGCAACUACGGCACCCACUACGUGUCCCAGGUGCUGCUGGGGGGCCGGGUGCGGGACGUGACAGCCGUGCGGGUCUGUGAAGCGGCGCUGAGUGGCUUGACAGCUGACGAGAUCAAGGACUGUUUGAGCGUGGAGGCGGCUGUGAGUGUCAGAAAGGGCUUGGAGAAGGGUGUGUACAGCAAGUGCGAGGAGGCGAAGAAGAAGGGGAAGGUUCAGGGGAGCUUCCACGAGACGUAUCAGGAGCGCCACGUGGAGGUGGAGGGAGGACACAGCACAACAGACAUCCUCUUCUCUGGGAAGGAUGGCAAGGACUUCUCAGCUUGGAUGGAGAGCCUCAAAGCCAGCCCCGGCCUGGUGUCCUAUUCCCUGCAGCCCAUCCACAGCCUGGUGGAGCAGAAGAACCCCAAGCGGGGGGCGCUGAAGCGGGCAGUGAGUGAGUAUAUCCAAGGGAGGGCUCUGUGGAGGAAUUGCACCCAGAGCUGUCCCCCAGGGACCCAGCGCAGCGUCCACGACCCCUGCUCCUGCGUCUGCCCCGGGGACUCUGUGACCACCACCUCGUGCUGCUCACGGGAGCGUGGGCUGGGGAAGCUGACGGUGACCGUGAAGAGGGCCAGAGGCCUCUGGGGGGACCUCUUUGGUGAAACUGAUUCCUUUGUCAAGGUCUUCUUUGAGAAUAAGGAGAUCCGGACCGGCACCAUCUGGAACAACAACAAUCCCACCUGGAACGUCCAUUUUGGCUAUGGCACCGUCCGCAUCACCAGGACCAGCAAGUUCCGGGUCGAGGUCUGGGACGAAGACUUCAAGUGGAAUGACAACCUUCUGGGAAGCUGUGAUGUCCCGCUGGAGUCCGGUGGGCCCUACGAGAAGGAGUGCUACCUGAACCACGGCCGCAUCUGGUUUGAGUACAGCCUGCGCUGUGGGCCCUACCUCACGGGCCGGAGCUGCUCUGACUAUGUCUCCCAGCCACCUCCACAGAGCACAGCCCAGGGGAAGAGGCAAAGACCUUCUGGUGAGCCCUUUAGAUAG